ACUGCAUCGAAUUAGCUCAAAUGCUCGCGCUAAAAAUUUAAAGAGAAUUUCAUAAAAUUACUAAAUUGUAUAGUGUUUGAAAAAAAAAUCAUAUAAUUAAAUUUAUAGUGUAAAUUCAAUAAACAAAACCACAGUCAAUAUGUCUGGAUUUUCCUUUGGAAACCCUUCACAACAACAGGCGGCUGGUUUUAGCUUCGGCGCACCAGCAGCGCCGGCGGCAACUAGCACGCCAGCAUUUGGAGCUGCACCAGCGCCUGCAUUUGGUGCGAGUGCUACAACAGGCACAACCGCAUUUGGCGCUACAGGAUUUGGAGCAACAACUACAGCACAAGCGCCUGCAUUUGGAGCGACUGCGAAUCCAACGGCAACCGUUGCACCGUUCGGUGCAAGUGCCACAACAGCAGCACCUGCUUUUGGAGCUGCACCUACUGCGUCUGUAGCGCCUACCUUCGGGGCAGCAGCGCCAGCUUUCGGUGCAACGGCCGUCAGCAGCGCAGCACCGUCUUUUAACUUUGGUGGUUUGGGUGGAACAGCUACAACAGCUGCAACAAGUGCUGCAACCGCAUUUAGUUUUGGUGGACUUGGUGGUACGGCUGCCACGAGUACGGCGACUACAACAGCCCCUGCACUCGGUUUCAGCGGGUUGGGAGGUGGUUUGUCAUUUGCUAAACCCGCCGGUACUACAACAUCGGCUAGUUUAAAUUUCGGCACAACAACUACGUCAGUGGCAACGGGCGGAAUGUGGAAGCCAACUGCCACCUCAACCACAGCAACAGCUACACCGUUUGUUGGUCUGGGUGGUGUUGAUGUCAGUUCAACGCAACCUAAAGCGGGCGAUCUCAAACAAGAUAGUGUCAAGAUAAAAGAAACUAUUGUGCCGGAUGAGAUUGCGAAAACUGUCGACGCUCUUAAAACUCAUAUAAAAGGACAAAAAACACUUUCCUCAGAUAUUGGACGUACAUCUACUUCGAAAUUGUCCAAUGUGUCCAACGAAAUAAACAAUAUUCAAUGGGCACUUCAGGAGAUUUCUAAUUCAGUAGACACAAAUUACAAACAAAUAAAGCUGCUUCGCAAAGAAACUUCAAAAACCAUACAGGCUGUGGAAAUGGCGCAACGCACGCAGGAUACGCCCGCUGGCCUACAAUUUGAAAAUACGGCACCAUUUCAGUUUUUCCUUAGCUUAGUGGCCAAGUACGAGCAGGAUUUGAUAAAUUUCCGGCAGCAAAUUGCGCUGACUGAGCAUCACAUGCGCUCAAUAACUAAUCCGCAGACAGUGUCACCCGAUGAUCUAAAGCGUGGUUUCCGACAAAUAAACGAGAGCUUCAUAUCGCUCGCCGGCCGUUUGCAUGAAUUACACCAGAAAGUUGAAACACAGAAAGAACAAUUUCUCAACUUGCGAAAAUAUCGCCUGCGCGAUACUACAAAUGUAUUCGCAAAGAUCGAUAACCCUGAAAGCAAGGUCGACACAACAAAUAUUACCUGCGGACCAACACCAUUUUCCAAUAUUUCUGCAAUGAGUGCAUUUGGAAAGAGUUUUAACAAUGCAUCCGCUGCGGCGGGUAGAAGUGGAACCACGGCAACGGCUGGAGCCAAAUGAUGAAGUAAUUGAGAAUUAGAUUGUUAAAAUAAAAUUUUCACUGGUUUUAAUAAGUUGGAAUAUAGCCGUUAUCACUUAAUAUUU